GCUUUCGAUCUUGAGAGCCCUACUAUUCUUUGAGUUGGAAACGUUUCUUGGUAAAUCUCAUGAAAGACUCUUCUUGGCGGCCAGGAGGAUCCACCGAGUAUCCGAAAAAACAAGAAAGAAGGAAAUUUCGACAGUUGGAGUACUACUAAUUUCCGGAGUCACAGGCCAGAUGCUGCAUGCCAUCCAGUCAAUGAAGACUUUUUUAUUGGAAUUGGUUCCAUGUCAGACUGAAUAAAGAAAAGUUUGUGGAAACUUUAUCAUCAACUUGUCUCAACAGACUCAGUGCUUUAUCAUCCAACUGCUGUUGCGAAAAGGAUACGUCAGCUGGGAAGACACAUAAAUAGAGAAGUACCUUUAAAUUUCCACUUUUAAAACAUAUAACGAAGAUAAAGGCCUCGUUCGAAAUAUAAAAAAAUAUUUUCAAUUAAAUUUACUUAAAAUUGGACCAUGUCUUCACAUUCGGCAACAAAAAUAGACCAAAAGGAAUACUUGAAGCGGUAUUUAUCCGGCGAUAAAGUCAAAAAGAAAAAAAAGAAGGAUAAACAUAAGAAAAGCAAGGAAUCUGGCGCCGCAACAGUGAAAAUUAUCGAUGAUGACUUCGUCGAAACUGAUGGCAUCAAAAUCGAUGAGGAACUGCUGUUGACUGGUGAGGAUGCUCCCCAAAUUGUUGGAGAAUACACGGAAGAGAUACAGAGUGCUGUAAAGAAUGUACCCAAAUGGAAAAGUAUUGUUAUUAAAGAUGAACCCGAGGAUAAUGAUAGUGGUGGCGCAACUCGAGAGGAGGAUUUGUGGGGCAAAAAGGCAUCGGAAAUUAAAAUAAAGCAAGAAAUUGAAAUCAAGAAAGAAAAAAGGACUCCCGAUAACUCGCCGAUACGCAAAAAAGAAAAGAAGAAAAAUUCAAAACGAAGUCCCAGUGAUUCACCUCCUCCAGCGCGUAAGAAAUAUACUAGUCCCUCACCCGCACGGAGGAGAAAAGAUUCUGAUGAAUCUCCACCCAGACGUAAAAGAAGUCCUUCACCUGCGAGGAAAUCACGCUUUAACCAAUCUCCUCCAAAUGGCAGACGUUCCAGAUCCAGAGAUCAAAGCCCACCCAGAAAUAGUAGGUCUUCAAAGAGAAAUCAAUCACCGCCAAUGAGGAGAUAUGAAAAACAAUCACCUCCCCGAAGAAGAAGAAAUUCAGAUCAGUCACCAGCUAGAAGAAAUAACAGAUCACCAUCGCCACGUAACAGGGAAGAUUCUGACCAAUCACCUCCUAGAAAACGUGGGAAUUCUCCAGCACGUCAACGAAGGGAUUCAGAUCAAUCUCCGCAACGUAGACACAAAAAUUCUGACCAAUCGCCUCCAAGAAGAAGUAAAAGAACCCCUGAUCAAUCUCCUCCUAGGCGUAGAAAAGAUUUAGACCACUCACCAGCAAGAAGGCGACGGAAUUCCGAUCAAUCACCCCCAAGGAAGAGUAGACAAACACCAGAUCAAUCUCCUCCCAGACGUAGAAGAGACUCUGAUCAAUCACCGCCAAGAAAAGGUAAACGACAAACCCCAGACCAGUCGCCCAGACGAAGAAGAGAUUCUGAUCAAUCUACUCCCAGAAAAGGUAGACGAAAUUCUGAUCAAUCACCCCCUAGGAGAGGUCGAAAAGAUUCUGAUCAAUCACCUGCCAGAAAAGGUCGCACAAGAAGUGACUCCGAUCAGUCGCCGCCAAGGCGAAGAAGGGAUUUGUCACCACCACAAAAAGCUUUCUACAAAAACAAUAGGUCAUCACCUGACCGGCGACGUAAAGACCGGGACACAACACCACCACGACACAUUAAAAGAGAAAAACUCUCCGUCGAACCAUCCUCACCACCGCCACAGAGAAAAUCUCGUUGGGAGAAACAAGAUAGUGAUUCACCACCGCCCACACAUAAACCAAAAGUCACAAAAACUUUAGACGGCAAAAAAGCGGGUCUACAAAAUGCUCAAGCCCUAAAGGAAGAAACCCUUAAACGGCGCCAACAAGAGGAUUUACUCUUCGACAAAAUGUCUUCAGAUGUCUCGGGUCGGGAUGCUGAAAUACGUGUACGCAAAACGGGGCGAGAAGGUCGACGAGCCCGAGAGGCACGUGAAGAAGAUCCCGAAGAGCGGCGACUCAAAGAAGAAAAUCAACAGAAACGCAAGGAACAUUAUGAACGUUUGGGCAAGGGUCUCAAACAAAUUGAAGACUUUAAGAACCGGCAAGCUGAAAUGGCCCACGAGGCAAGUAAACCUUUGGCACGUCAUGCAAACGAUGAAGAUUUGGAACGUUACCUCAAGGAACAAGAACGUGCUGAAGAUCCUAUGCUGGAGUAUAUGCGGCAGAAGCGCAAAGAAAAGGAGAAAACUUCCAAUGAACCCAAAAAACCGGUGUAUGAAGGCCCCUUCCCAGAAAAUCGUUUUGGUAUACGUCCCGGUUAUCGCUGGGAUGGUGUCGAUCGUUCCAAUGGUUAUGAAAAGAGAUGGUUUGACAAACAAAAUGAACGCAGAGCUCGGCAAGACGAAGCCUAUCAAUAUAGUGUGGAAGAUAUGUAGAUGCAAAUGGAUGGAUUUGUUGUUGGUGUUUGUAAAGUAGUUACUAUACAAAGUUGUAUUUGUAAAAUAAAAAAGAAAAUAUAUGUUUUUAUAUAUUU